AUGAGCUCAACGCGACACCAGGACACGAAGGAGCUGCCAUCGUACGAAGAGGCGCUCCAAGAACACGAGAGACCUCCUCCGUACACUCCGCCGCUCACAGGGUCCAUCAUGGCCUCCAUCACAAGACUAUCAAGAGACGACCCGGAUCCCAUAUACGAGGACCUGAACAACGUGGUGGACAGCACAGACUUUGCCGACGUGGACCACUACAACUACGAUGUGCUGAGCAACGCUGUACGCGAUGUGUCUCUCGACACGGAUGGAAGCUCCAAGGGCAUAGUCACGAUGGUUAACCUGGAUCAGUAUGCGAAGCCUGGGAAGCACACGUACACGGCGAUUGGGCUCGAGGGAUCCGCAAAUAAAUUAGGUGUUGGUAUCAUACGACACAAUUUGGGCCCGCUGAGUCAAGAGAACCGUGCGCAAGUGCUGUCGAACGUGAGAGAUACGUACAUCACUCCUCCUGGCGAAGGAUUCCUACCGCGUGACACCGCGAGACAUCAUAGGAACUGGGUUGUCAGGCUGAUCAAGCGCUCCAUGGAGGAGGCUGGUGUGUCGAGAGAGGAGUUGGACUGUAUUUGCUUCACCAAGGGCCCCGGCAUGGGCGCUCCUUUACAGAGCGUGGUGAUCGCUGCGAGAGCGCUUAGCCAACUGUGGGACUUACCGCUCAUUGGUGUCAACCACUGUAUUGGGCAUAUAGAGAUGGGAAGGGAGAUCACCGGCGCUGAUAACCCGGUGGUGUUGUACGUGAGUGGCGGUAAUACACAGGUGAUUGCGUACUCGAACCAGAGAUACAGGAUCUUUGGCGAGACGUUGGACAUCGCCAUUGGAAACUGUCUGGACCGGUUUGCGAGAACAUUGAAGAUACCAAACUAUCCCAGCCCUGGCUAUAACAUUGAGCAGUUGGCGAAGAAGGGCUCGAAUUAUAUCGAGUUGCCGUACACCGUCAAGGGGAUGGAUUUGAGCAUGAGUGGGAUAUUGGCAUAUAUCGACCAGCUGGCCAACGAUCUAUUCAAGGGCAACACUUCAAACAAGGUCAUUUUCAACCAGGAGACCAAGGAGGCUCAGAUAACCGUCGAGGACCUGUGUUUUUCUCUACAGGAGACCUUGUUUGCAAUGCUUGUUGAAAUCACAGAGCGUGCCAUGGCGCACGUGAAUACGAACCAAGUGUUGAUCGUUGGUGGUGUUGGUUGCAACGAGAGAUUGCAGAAGAUGAUGGAGGAUAUGGUUCUGGACCGUAAGGGUUCAAUCUAUGCUACUGACGAGAGAUUCUGCAUCGAUAAUGGUAUCAUGAUUGCGCAUGCCGGGCUAUUGGAGUUCAGAAUGGGCAAACGGUUUGAAUUGAAGGAUACUGUGUGUACUCAAAAGUUUAGAACUGACGAGGUGCUUGUGAGUUGGAGGGAUUAA